AAACGAAAUAAGUUUCACAUUUACGACUUAAAACAUUUAUUUAACUAAAUAAUACAUAUUUUAAACAUAUUGUAAAUAUUUUAUCCAGUUUUAGUAAGUGUAGUUAUUGGUGUAUCUAUUUCACCAUGGCCCACAACUCUGUAGACCUAGUAGAAGAAGAUGCUGCAGAUUUACAAUUCCCAAAAGACCCCGGAAUAUCACGGCAAAGUCACUGCCAAAAAUUCGGAUCUCACAUAACCUCAAAAGUAUCCAUUGAACCGCAUCGCCUUUACAAUCAGUGUGAUAAAGAAAUAGCGUGUAAUUUCUGUAGCGUUUCCCUAAUCGAACCUUUUAUUCUGUGUGCUGAGUGCAAUGAUAUCACUUUGUGUUUAUCGUGCUUCUCAAAAGGCAGAGAGUUACAAAAUCAUAAAAACUACCAUGCUUAUUGUGUACAGCACGAUAACUUUAAUUUGUUCUCCUCACAAUGGACUGCUCAGGAGGAGAAACAACUCCUAGAUUGUUUGUUACGUUUUGGUCACGGCAAUUGGGAUGAUAUAUCUAAGUACAUGGAAACAAAAACACCUGAAGAAUGUGAAAAACACUAUUCCAGAUAUUACUUAGAUAGUUUAGGUUCUGAUUUGUUACCAAAGUUUAAAGAAAACAAGCGUUCCAUGUCCCAUAAGCCUUACUUGUUUAACACCGAAUGUUUGGAGGAUCCUCCAAGAUUUUCUCCAAACUCCGUGCAGUUUAACAUGCUGGCAGGUUAUAGGCCUGCAAGGAGUGAUUUUGAUUAUCCGUAUGAUGCAAAUGCUGAAAGUAUCUUUAAUGAUUUAAAUUGUGGUGAUAUUAAAGAUGAAGCGUACGGUGAUGUUUUUAAAGAAUUGUACUGUGGGCUCUUUAGGGCUUACAAUCAUCGACUAAUGGAACGGUGGAGGCGGUAUAACAUUAUUCGUAAUCAUGGUUUAAUAUCUCCUUUGAAAGUUACUGGAUGGUUGAGUGUACUCGACCAGUUAGCUGAACUCAAUGUGGGCACUUGUCUAAGUAGAUUUAUGCAAUUAUGUGAUGCUGAUAAUUUUAAUUUGUUGAUUGAAGGUUUAUUGCUUGAAGCUGAGAUGAAGAAAUAUUUAUACUCCCUAUUUCACCUGCGAGAAAACGGCAUAAAAUCAUUAGCAGGGGGCGAACUUUAUCGCCAGUUGAAAGAAUCUCGCGAUAAAAAACUCCGAGAAAGUCUUCGACCCGAAGACGACCCAUUGUCAGUUUGUAAUCUGUUGCAAAAUCCUGCUAUUUAUGGAUUGAGCGAAGACGAAAGCAUUUUAUUUUUGAAAGACAAACAAUCUGCACACCCACCGAAGAGGAAACAUGUACCAUUGGAUAUCAUCGGUAUGCCCGGUUACGAGAAGUUAACAGCAUCCGAAAGAAAUUUGUGUACCGUUGCAAGAUUGAUACCAGAUAUGUUUAUUCAGUAUCGUGAUCAACUAAUUCAUGAGUAUCAGAGUUCAGGUUGUUUAAGGUUAGGUGAUGCUAGGAAAUUGAUUAAAAUCGAUGUGAAUAAAACAAGACAGAUUUAUGAUCAUUUGAUUAAGGAGGGAUUUAUUAAGAAACCCUCUUGAUAAUAGUAAAAUGAGGAAUGAGUGAGAAAUACAUUGAAGGUUUUUUACAAU